AACACACAUUACAUUAUACAGGAUGACCAUGUCAGCAGAAGCGUUCAGACGUCUCGUUACUACGGUGAUACAGUCGGGACAUUCUGUGGAAUGUAGGUUACUGGGUUGUACAAUAGAGCCAAAUGAGGACGUGAGACAGUUGAAGGUGGAGAUGGAGAACUUACCCGCCCUCAAAAUAGUGAUAUUCGAUCAUUGGAACAUUGCGUUCAACGUGAAUGUAAAAGUGUUACAUGGGGACGACAACGGCGAUGAAGUUAAUGGUGAACCGGAGAUGUCCAUCCAUGGCCCGUACUCCGUCACGUCCGUGGAACCGGACGUGACAGUAGCUGCAGCUGGGAACGAUGCCCCUUGCUCCGACACGUCCGUGGAACCGGACGUGACCGUAGCUGCAGCUGGGAACGAUGCCCCUUGCUCCGACAGCUCCGACACCGGGAAGAAAGCUAAGAUGACGCGCUUUCAGAAAGUACGAAGGUUUUUCAAAAACUUGGGAGGCAAGAAAUCAAAGUGAAAUGAAAUUCUAAGGUACUUUAAUUCCAACGUGUUCAAAAUAGGAUCAACGCUGACGCUCCAACCCCUUUAGUCAGCGGAAAUGAAUGACAGUUAUGUGUUUCUUUUAGUGGUGUACAAGUUAAUUGUCAAAAGUAGAAACCUGCUAUCGAUUAGAAGAUCUUAAAAGACGAUUCAAGUUGCGAAUUUAUGACAAAAAUAUGUUGAUAUUAAUAUUUAUAAUGUUUGUCAUUGUUUACAGAGGUUUAUCAAAAGGCAAUUGUGAAUUUACGUCAUUUCCGAUGUGACAUCAUUUGGCUAACAUUUGGCGACAUUUUCAAAGUAAAGAUCAUUUUUGUUUUAUUUGUAAUGAAUGAUAAUCAUGAAAUAAGAUGAAAAGGUGUUUGUUUCAGUGUAAGAGUUCAAUACAGUUCAUCACGUGAACACCAGAGCAAAUAUUAAGGUGUUCACUCGGUAACAGAUAUUAGUUUCGUAGACUGAAACAGACAAGUACCCUCUAUAUGACUUGUAAGUCAUACUCAUUAUAAAGUGUACUGUUGUUGUAUAUACAAUUUUGAUCUGUUCUUAUAUGCCUUACAAAUUAUAGUGAUUUUAUGGUACAUUAUUACUGUAAAUAGAGUAUUAUUUGUUGACAUACUUAUAAAUGUGUUGUGCGUUAAAGUGAUUUUAAAGGAACUCGUUCACGUUUUACAGAGCCAGACAUAAAAAAUAUUCUUGUGAAAUGUGAACAAAAAUCUAGUUACAUAAAUGCAACAUCAUCACAUGCAUUAAAUAAGAGCUCUCGUGCUAAUAUCUAUUUAAAGCUGCACUCUCACAGAUUGAACGU